CUCUGGUAAUUUCAAACUGCGUCAAGGUGCCUUGUGUUUCGCAGGGAACGCGAACCCAAACAUGGAAGAUAUCCUUUCUGUUGAAGAAGAGCCGAAGCUAGAGGAGCUCAUUGCACCCAUCGUAUCUGACAGCAACGAGCCGUCUCCAGAAACACCGAAUGGCGUAAAGACAGAGGCUGAGGAAUCUAGUCCCCCUAAAGAAAAACAUGACGGUAAAGACAAGAUUUCCGGAGGUAGAAGAGGAAGCCGCUACCAUCCUUACAAAGACAAACACAGUGGUGAAAAGAAAGGUGGUCAUAGGAACCAGGUGUUCAUCAGCAACAUUCCCUAUGACAUGAAAUGGCAGGCAAUCAAAGAUCUCAUGCGUGAGAAGGUCGGUGAGGUUACAUACGUGGAGCUCUUUAAGGAUGCUGAAGGAAAGUCAAGGGGGUGUGGUGUGGUGGAAUUCAAAGAUGAGGAAUUUGUGAAAAAGGCCAUAGAAACUAUGAAUAAAUAUGACCUGAGUGGAAGGCCCCUCAACAUCAAGGAGGACCCUGAUGGAGAACACGUCCGACGUGUGCUACAGCGCAUGGGAGGAGGUCGGGGCCAUGACAUGGGACCUGGUGGACUGAAUAUCCCACCCUCGAUCGCCAACAAUCCCAACAUCCCACAUGAAAUCAAGCAUGCAUUGCAAACGGGUCGACUGGGUUCUACAGUGUUUGUGGCCAAUCUUGAUUUCAAAGUGGGCUGGAAGAAGCUAAAGGAAGUGUUUAGCAUGGCAGGUACGGUAAAACGGGCCGACAUAAAGGAGGACAAGGACGGCAAGAGCCGUGGGAUGGGAACUGUCACUUUUGACCAGCCGCUGGAGGCUGUGCAGGCCAUAUCCAUGCUGAAUGGGCAGAUGUUGUUUGACAGACAGAUGCACGUUAAAAUGGAUGAGAAAUCCCUGCCCCCAGAUGAUUUUCGCCAAGUUGAUAAAACACCUCAAUUACCACGAGGUCUGUCUGGUAUUGGUAUGGGACUGGGACCAGGAGGGCAACCUAUUAAUGCAAACCAUCUGUGCAGCGGAGGAGGCAUGGGCUCCAUGGGCCCAGGAGGAAUGGAUGUUCCAGUUUACGGUGGAAUGAACAGAGGGGGAAUUGGUGUUGGUGGAGGCUUUGUAGGGAUGGAUAAUAUGGGCAACAUGGGUAACUUUGGAGGAAGAGAAAUGGCCCCGAUGGGUAGAACAGGUGAUAUGUACCGUUCAAGAAUGGGCGGAAUGGAUUUUGGCAGUGACAUGCCAAUGAAUCGAGGAUUUGGGGAUUCAUUUGGAGGAAUGGGUGGUGGCAUGGGUGGUAUGGGGAUGGAUCGCAUGGGCUCAGGCUUUGACCGCAUGGGCAUGUCUGGAAUGGACAUGAACCGCAACUUUGGAGGCUUUGGAGGCGGCGGUGGUCCGAGUCACAUGGGUGGAGGCAUGUCUGACAGGGGCUCUGGGUCCAAAGUAGGCUGUCAGAUAUUUGUGCGAAAUCUGUCGUAUGAUCUUACAUGGCAAAAGCUUAAAGAGAAGUUCAGUCACUGCGGCCAGGUAAUGUUUGCAGAGAUCAAGAUGGAGAAUGGCAAGUCAAAGGGCUGCGGAACAGUGAGGUUUGACUCUCCUGAGAGUGCAGAGAAAGCCUGCCGGAUGAUGAAUGGAACCAAGAUCAAUGGCCGAGAGGUGGAUGUCCGUAUUGAUCGCAAUGCCUAGACUUUUUGUAAAAAUUGGCUCGCACAAUGAGCUCUAGUUUUGUUUUAAAAACACGAUUACUUCAUCUAACCUCAUGUCCACUGUUUUCAUAUUGGUUUCUGUUAAUAUAUACUACACAGCUCAUUUUUUGUUUUGUAAUUUUUUUUAAAUUGUUUGGCAGUUUGAGGAAAUAAACAUUUAAUUUUUAAACCUGUUGGUUAUACAAGUCUGUAUUCAGCGUGCAGCAAAACAAAGGUUUUAUUCCUCUAUGGGACAUUAUCGCUUCAUACUGCCAUAUAGGGGUCACUGCACUGCAAGGCGGAUUGUACGGUGGGUGAGGAGUGGUUAGCAUGUUGGCCACACAGUCAGGAAAUCGGGAAGACCUGGGUUUGAUUCUCUGCUUGGACAUCUCUCUGUAGAGCAAGGGUGUCAAACUCAUGUCAUGAGGAGCCGAGACACUGCAGGUUUUCUUUCCAGCCGUUCAAUAAAGCAGGUGAUUUUAAUGAUUAACCCUCAUUUGGUUUGAGGGAAGGAGCUCGUCAAUUAAAUCACCUGCUGGAGGAACUGGUUGGAAAGAAAACCUGCAGGUUUCGGUCCUCUUAUCGACACAUGCACAAAAACAUGCAUGCUAGGUUAAUUGGCGUCUCCAAAUUGUCCAUAGUUAUGAAUGUGAGUGUGAAUGGUUGUUUGUCUAUAUGUGCCCUGUGAUUGGCUGGUGAACAGUCCAGGGUGUACGCCACCUCUCGCCUGAAGACAGCUGGGAUAGGCUCCAGCAUGCCCGCAACCCUCGUGAGGAUAAGCGAUAUAGAAAUUGGAUGGAUGGAAUAUUGUUGGUCUACAAUUUGCUGUUCCCAGAGCUGUAUUAGCUUAGAAGGAUGGAAAGGAGUGGUAUCCACUUAAUGACCCAAAUUGCAUCACAGCUCAGUCGUUCUUGAGGUCUUCUGAGCUCAUUAAAAUGCAAUUUUUUUUUUAAGCAAGAAGGCAAGUUUUGUCUUUAGUGCUUCAGUGGUUAUGGUUCUUCCCUCCUCACAGGCAAUAAGAACUUUAUCACAGUUUCACACUUUGGUUUCUGCUUAAAAAAACACAAUCAGGCCAGUCAACUUAUUUAUUUCUCUCUCUGGGUUCAG